AUUUUGACCCGCGCAAGAUAGUUGCCACCCAGCUGUGAUACGGGUUGCCAUCAUGAUGUCUUCAAGGUGCAAAGCGCUGGAAGGCAUUCAAAAGCAAUCCAAGGGAAGAACACAAUGCCGUAUCUUCAGUCAUGUCUUCUUCACCAACCGAAAAUGCCUCUUACUCGCUCAAACUCGAUCCAGGAAUACCGCGUCGUAAAAAGUCGGCACUUAGCUGCUGCAAAUGGUCUGCGGUCAUCCUCGGACUUUUGAUAGGGCUGCUUGUUUGCGUCGCAGUUUACAAGUUCAGCACCGCAUUUGCAGAUGUAGUGCGCCAUCCUCACAGGGCACUAUAUCGGAAUGGUUCGUUGGAGGAACAAGCGGUGGUGCGACCACUGAUUGACGACAAUCAGCAGUUCGACAUUGCUGUUUCAGUCUGGUUACGUGCGUCCAAGGAGGAGGAGGAUGAAUGGAGAAGACUCUCUUCUACCAUAGAUGACGAGGAUUAUUCGGAUAACAUGACUUUCCGCUUUCCUCUCGACAUGGGCAACAAAGUCAAGGGAAUCGUGUAUCGAGUGGUCGAUAAAUAUGAUCCAAACUACGAGAUAUACCUUAAAGGCGACAAAAAGCUGCUCUACACCCCUCUCUAUUCCGAUAUUGCCUUCCGCGGAGUUAGUUUCAAGGAUAAAAAUGUAUUGGCCGACGUGAAAUUCCAAAUUCCUACCUCCAGAUUCUUGGAUAAAAACCUUGCAACUUCGGACUUGAGAGGUACUUUCGUACUCAUCCCAAGCUCCAAGUCACUUUUGAAGCACGUAACAAACUUUUCUUCCUGGAUGCCCGAUGCGGUUUACGACAAUCUUCCGCCUGUCCGCCCUUGGCCGUUUCCCCUCGGGUCAUCUUUCUAUGCUGACAAGACCGUUGCUGACCUUGCCGUGGAUUCGUUCGGAAUAUCAGUACCUCUUCUCCAGUUCUCUGAGAUACAAGGUCGAUGUGGUAAUUCUUCUGCUAACACCACUGACCAAGCUUCAUUAACAUCGGAGGACAUUGCAACAAUGGACCCCGACUCUGUCCGAGCGAAGCUGAAGCAGAUGAAGGAGAAUACCCCUGCAUACAAAAACCACCCUCAUGUCGUCACAAGAACGAAGCUUCAUGUAGUAGACGAGACGCAUGUCUUCGACAAGGAAGCCUACGACAAGGCCCACCAAAGUCUUCGCUCUACAUCUUGCGGACAACAUCCUGGGACAUCUGCAAAACCAAGCAGAAAGUUCUGUAAGGAUCUUUCAUUUUCCGAAGGUGGCGUCCUUCGGACAUCUUUAGAGCUGGAGGUGCCCAAUGCAGAUGGAGAAUAUGAGAGACACUGGGCAUAUGGACCAUUCAUGAAUACCAUUCCCGCUGCUGCUGGCCCAAAGGAUAUCAUUCCGAUCCCGAUCAAUAGGGAAAACUGCUCUGUCUCAGUGGAUGGGCAUGCAGAAGUGCCGGAGCUGAUGGACAUAACGUGGCGUAUCUCAUUCUCUGGGCGAUCGCCUGGCAAACACCUCUUAAGCACUAUUAUUUCUCAACCAUAUGGUGUCGACAACAACUACAAUAGAACCGAUUACGAAAAGGCCAUGGAUCAAAACAAGGCCGAAUUAAUCAACGGCCUCCGAGGUGUUAGGUUCCAUGACAAAUCUCAUCCGAGACGAAGAUCCUUUAUCGAAUUGAUCCAGAUUGUCGCCGAACUUACAAGCUACACGUUCGAGCUAUUAUAUUGGUUCACUCGGAAUCACACCACUUCCAUCAGCAACACCGGUGCUUUACUCAGAGCCUCUGUUUUAGCUAUUGAAUCAUGCCUCGAUCUGGGCGAAGCUCUCAGAUCCAAGGUGUCCGCCUUCGAGCUUCUCAUGACCGUAAUGCUUUCCUUCAUAUUCGGCUUCCAACUUCCCCUCUAUAUGUUCAAGACAGCUCUUCGUCUUGAGUUUGCUCUAACGAGAAAAGGUAUCUUCGGGAUGUCGUUAACCAUUCCCAUGAUACGACGGAUGCCGAAAACCCAUAAGGAGCGUUCCAGUGAGCGCUUGGAUAAGAGAACAAAUUGGAAAAUGAUUCUGUGCACCUUGCUCGCCGUGUACUACAUCACGAGACCUCUGAAGCAUCAUGUAAUCGAUGCCCUCCAUCCCCCCAUGCCAGAACAAGAGUUUUCUUACAUCGCUGAAUAUGUUACUCCCGGCCUAUGUGCAACCGUCAUCACAGCAAGGAACCUUCAAAUUAUGCUAAACUAUCGCAGCAAGGUCUUUGCCGGGAAUUCCAGAACUUCGACAUAUCUUAACUUGUUGGUUGUGCUUCUUGGGUGGAUGGGGUAUGUUCCGGCACUUGUGGGAAAACCCGAAUCCAGACCUAGCGUUUCCUUCCAUGAAUGUAUUCUGUCGGCUCUUUGUAUGUUUGAGGCAUACCAGGCAUUUGGUCUGCCUAAUGCGUCGCAGAUGGAGGAUGGCAAAGAUAACGAAUAGCGGGCUUGUAUUCAAUCAAUGCCUUGAUAUUGCUUAUCAGGGUAGGGGUUUGUAUGAUAUGGUAUUCUUGCUGGAAGGAUGAGUUUGACAACCACAUGUAUAGAUAAAUGCCCUUAUGGCAAAGAUUUGUAGUCAAUACGUUAGUUAUAAGAUA